AUUGGAUCAACCAGAUCCAGCGGCUGGGGAGUGCGUGGAUGUGACUGUGUCGGACAAACAUCAGUCGUGGGAGUUGAAGACUUGCGAAUCACUGCUACCUUUCCUCUGCAGAGCCAAUGCGUGUCCAACAGGUUCGUACCACUGCUCAAAUGGUCACUGCAUCAACAACGUGUUCAGAUGUGACAGAGAGAAUGACUGCGGUGAUUGGUCGGAUGAAUUGGACUGCCCCAGCAACUGCCAUUUCUACAUGGCCAGCAGUGGUGAUGUCGUCGAAAGUACAAAUUUCCCACAAAAAUACGAACCACUCGCCAACUGCAAAUGGACUCUGGAGGGACCUCAAGGACAUAAUAUUUUGCUACAGUUCCAAGAAUUUGACACUGAAAAAUCAUUCGAUACAGUGCAAAUUUUGGUUGGAGGUAGAACCGAAGACAAAUCAGUUAAUCUGGCAACGCUAUCAGGAAAACUGGAUUUGGGUAACAAGUCGUUUGUUUCGGCAUCCAAUUUCAUGAUCAUCAAAUUCAGCACCGAUGCAUCGGUCGAGAAGAAAGGAUUCAGAGCUUCGUGGAAGACUGAGCCACAGCUGUGCGGAGGCAACCUGCGAGCGACUGCCCAGCCUCAGGCAUUGAUCUCACCCGGAUAUCCCCGCAACUACCCGGGAGGACUCGAAUGUUUGUACAUCAUCACUGCUCAGUUGGGACGCAUCAUCAGCUUAGAGAUUCAAGACUUGGACUUGGAAGAUGGCAGAGACUACAUUCUGGUGCGGGACGGUGACUCACCCAAGAGCCCACCAAUCACCAGGCUGACCGGCACUACAAAGAACAAUCCAAACAUCAUCAUGUCAACCGGAAAUCAACUCUACCUCUACCUGAAGACUAGUCUCGGUGAUUCUCGGCGAGGAUUCAAAAUUAAAUACACUCAAGGUUGUAAGGCGACCAUUGUAGCAACAAACGGAACAGUGACAUCUCCAGCCUACGGUCUGGCUCCAUAUCCGAGCAAUCAGGAGUGCCUGCUACGCAUCAGAAACCCAAUGAACGGACCUCUGUCGCUCCGUUUCAACACUUUUGACGUUCAUGCCUCAGACACAGUGCAGGUGUUCGAUGGUGCAAGCACGAGUGGACUCCGUUUGCAUCCUGGAAUUGGUUUCACCGGAACAACAAUCCCAAAGAUCACUCUAACCGCAUCCAGUGGUCAGAUGCUCAUUCGAUUCAACACCAAUGCUCUGCACAGCAGCAAGGGAUGGCAUGCUACAUUCUCUGCCGACUGCCCAACUCUGAGAUCUGGCGAAGGAGCUUUGGCCUCGAACAGGGACACAGCAUUCGGAACUUCGGUCCUAUUCACUUGCCCUGUUGGACAAGAAUUCGCAAUUGGAAAGCCAAAAAUCAAGACUGUUUGCUUACCUAGUGGAAACUGGUCUGUCUCCUACAUUCCAAAAUGCCAAGAGGUCUAUUGUGGUCCAGUUCCUCAAAUCGACAACGGCUUCUCAAUCGGCUCUUCCAAUGUAACCUACAGAGGUGAAGCAUUGUAUCAAUGCUACGCUGGAUUCGCUUUCCCAUCUGGCUUGCCAAUCGAGAAAGUGACUUGCCUCGCAGAUGGCAGAUGGGAAAAGCUACCCACUUGUCUUGCAUCACAGUGUGCUCCACUGCCGGAAACCCCUCAUGCGAAUGCGACAAUCCUGAACGGCGGCGGUCGCAGCUACGGCACCAUUGUUCGCUUCGAGUGUGAGCCGGGCUACGUUCGGUCAGGCCACCCGGUCAUCCUUUGCAUGAGCAACGGAACAUGGUCCAGUUCGGUGCCUACCUGUUCACGUGCGCAAUGCCCGAUGCUGCCUGAGAUCGCGAACGGCUUUGUGGUGGACUCGCAUCGCAGCUACUACUUCGGUGAUGAGGCCCGCGUGCAGUGCCACAAGGGCUUCAAGCUGGUGGGCGGCUCGAGCGUGAUCCGAUGCGGCGCGAGUCAGCUGUUCGAGCAGCCGCCUCGCUGCGAGGACGUGAACGAGUGUGCGGCGAGUCAGUGCGAUGCGGCCUCGACUGAGUGCGUCAAUGUGCCGGGAGGGUUCGCGUGUCGCUGUCAGCCGGGUUUCGCGCCCAGCAUGGAGUGUCGACCUGUCGGCGACCUCGGUCUCAUGACCGGCGGCAUCCCCGACGAUGCCAUCACGGUCUCCGGCAACGAGCAAGAGUACCCCAAAGAGAUGGUGAGGCUGAACAGCCCACGUGGCUGGUGUGGAAAUAACAUCGAUCCCGGCUCUAAUUGGGUUCUGCUCGAUCUCAAAGCACCAACAAUACUGAGAGGCUUCCGAACGCAGAGUGUGGCCAGAAUCGACGGAAACUUGGCUUUCACCUCAGCUGUCAGAAUUCAGUACACUGACAACCUGACUGAUGUGAUGAAAGAUUACACGAACCCCGAUGGUACUCCGGUCGAAUUCCGUAUUCUGGAGCCAACUCUGUCUGUUCUCAAUUUGCCAAUGCCCAUUGAGGCGCAGUACAUCAAGUUCAAGAUUCAGGAUUAUGUGGGUGCUCCUUGCUUGAGGCUGGAAGUGAUGGGAUGCACACGUCUGGAAUGUGGAGACAUCAACGAGUGUGCCAACAACAACGGAGGCUGUGAUCAGAAAUGCAUCAACACACCUGGAAACUACACGUGCGCUUGCAACGUCGGUUAUGAGUUAUUCUUGUCAAACGGCACAGCUGGCUUCAAUAUCGAUAAAUCGGAGACAGGAGAAAGAGACGGUGACAUCUUCCAGAGAAACAAGACUUGUGUCCCUGUCAUGUGCCCAAAUUUGGACAAUCCAGAGAACGGAUUAAUCAUGUCAACCAAGGAAUCGUUCCAUUUCGGAGACCUUGUCAGCUUCCAAUGUGAUUUUGGCUUCGUGAUGAGUGGAUCUGCUUCUCUGCUUUGUACUUCGGGUGGUGCUUGGAAUGGAACUGCUCCUCAGUGCCAACCUGCUAAGUGCGUGUCAUUACCAGACGACAAGGCUGAGGGUCUCACAGUGGCAAGAAUUGACAAAGAAAGUGUUCUAGUUCCGUUCAAAGAGAACGUCACUCUCAAAUGUAACAACAACGGCCGUAAGCUCAGAGGAACAGCAUCGUCUGGCUUCAGGCAGUGUGUCUACGAUCCAAAAUCGGGCUACCCGGACUACUGGCUGUCGGGCCUGAUGCCUUCUUGUCCGCGAGUGGACUGCGGAGUGCCGGCACCGACCCCUGGCGCCGAGUACGGCAACUACGUGGACACGCGCUACCAGUCGUCGUUCUUCUUCGGCUGCCAGGACACGUUCAAGCUGGCCGGCCAGACUGAGCGCAACGACAAUGUGGUUCGCUGUCAGGCCAACGGCGUCUGGGACUUUGGCGACCUGCGCUGCGAGGGCCCCGUCUGUCAGGACCCUGGCCGGCCCACUGACGGCUACCAGAUGGCCACUAGCUAUGAGCAGGGCUCUGAAGUUCAAUUUGGAUGCAGUAAACCAGGAUACAUUCUCAUCAAUCCUCGACCAAUCACCUGCACCAGAGAGCCUGAAUGUAAGGUUGUCAAACCUCUUGGUCUUGCCUCGGGAAGAAUUCCAGAUGCUGCCAUCAAUGCUACAUCAGAAAGGCCUAACUAUGAAGCUCGUAACAUCAGAUUGAAUUCAGUAACUGGAUGGUGUGGAAAGCAGGAAGCUUUCACUUACGUCAGUGUUGACCUUGGACAAGUAUACAGAGUAAAGGCUAUUCUUGUGAAAGGUGUCGUCACUAAUGAUAUAGUUGGUCGUCCAACCGAAAUUCGAUUCUUCUACAAGCAGUCGGAGAAUGAGAACUAUGUGGUGUACUUCCCCAACUUCAACCUGACCAUGCGUGACCCUGGAAAUUACGGCGAGUUGGCCAUGAUCACUCUGCCCAAGUAUGUGCAGGCCCGUUUUGUCAUUCUAGGAAUUGUUAGUUUCAUGGACAACGCUUGUCUCAAGUUUGAACUGAUGGGAUGUGAAGAAACAAAGAAGGAACCACUCCUUGGAUACGAUUAUGGAUAUUCUCCCUGUGUUGACAACGAGCCGCCGGUAUUCCAGAACUGUCCACAGCAGCCAAUCAUCGUGCGCCGGGGUCCGAACGGCAUCGCCACAGUCAACCUGACGGAGCCGAACGCAGUCGACAACAGCGGCGCCAUUGCCAGGCUGGAGGUCAAGCCUCAUGGCUUCCGCACUCCACUCACCACCUUCCACGACAUGGCUGUCAAGUACAUCGCCUACGAUUUCGACGGAAAUGUUGCUAUUUGCGAAAUCAACAUCACUGUUGUAGAUGAAACUCCUCCGCUGCUGAGUUGUCCGCAGAGCUAUGUGAUCGAACUAGUGGACCGCCAGGACAGCUACGUGGUCAACUUCAACGAGACUCGGCGACGCGUCAACGUGUCCGACUCAUCGGGCGAAGUGAGCGUCCAGUUCAUCCCGGACAAGGCCACCAUCCCGAUCGGCAACUUCGAGAACGUCACUGUCGUAGCCACUGACAAGUAUGGCAACAAGGCUGAGUGCUACUUCCAGGUAUCUGUGCAAGCAACAGCAUGUGUUGAUUGGGAACUGAAGCCUCCGACAAAUGGAGCUCUCAACUGCCUCCCGGGCGAUAAAGGACUUCAAUGUAUUGCAACUUGUGACCCAGGAUAUAGAUUUACAGACGGUGAGCCAGUGAAGACGUUCAGUUGUGAAGCAAAGAGCCCAUGGACACCCACCUCUGUUGUGCCUGAUUGUGUCUCAGAAGACACUCACCAGGCCGACUACCACGUGAUAGCGACGGCGAUGUACCGAGCCAACGGCGUGGUGUCACCCGGGUGCUUGUCGCAGUACACCGACCUGAUGGCGCAGUACUACCCGCAGCUCAACAACAUCCUCAGCCAGCGCUGCUCGGCCGUCAACGUCAACAUGAACGUCACCUUCCUCUACGCCAAACCCCAGCUGCUCGAGGAGAAUCUUGUCCAGGUGGACUUCGUGCUGGUGAUAAUUCCGGCAGUGAAGCAGCCUCAACUGUACGACUUGUGCGGCUCGACGCUGAACCUGAUAUUCGACCUGUCGGUGCCGCACGCCAGCGCCGUCAUUGAGCCACUCAUCAACGUGUCGUCGAUCGGCAACCAAUGUCCGCCGCUCAGGGCGCUCAAGUCGUCCAUUGGCCGCGGCUUCACCUGCAAUGUCGGCGAAGUGCUCAACAUGGACACCAAUAACGUGCCUCGAUGCUUGCAUUGUCCUGCUGGCACGUUUGCUGGCAUCAAGCAGAAGGUGUGCUCGCUUUGUCCACGCGGCUUCUACCAGGAUAGAGAUAGGCAGGGACAAUGCAUUCGUUGCCCCAUGGGAACCUACACCAAAGAGGAAGGAUCGAAGAGUAUAACGGACUGUGUGCCAGUGUGUGGAUACGGAACAUACAGCCCAACUGGCCUGGUGCCCUGCUUGGAGUGUCCCCGCAACAGCUACACGUCGGAGCCGCCCACUGGGGGCUUCAAGGACUGCCAGGCCUGUCCAGCCAACACCUACACCUACCAGCCCUCGGCUCCCGGCAAAGAGUACUGCAGAGCUAAGUGCCCAGCCGGCCAGUACUCGGACACGGGCCUUGCUCCGUGCGCGCCCUGCCCCACCAACUUCUACCAGCCGCUGAGCGGGCAGACACAGUGCACAGAGUGCAGCCCUGCUUCGCGCACCGCUGGUCCUGGCUCCGCCUCCCGCGACGCCUGCCACCCCAUCGAGUGCACCCACAACUCCUGCCAGCACGGCGGUCUCUGUGUGCCCUUGGGUCAUACUCCUCAGUGUUUCUGUCCAGCUGGAUUCUCAGGACGGCGCUGUGAAAUAGACAUUGAUGAAUGCUCAUCUCAGCCUUGCUACAACGGAGCUGCUUGUAUCGAUCUACCUCAAGGAUAUAGAUGUCAAUGUCGUCCUGGUUACAGUGGAAUAAACUGUCAAGAGGAGAAGAGCGACUGUCGCAACAACACCUGUCCGGAACGCGCCAUGUGCAAGGACGAGCCUGGAGUCGGAAAUUUCACCUGUCUCUGCAGAUCAGGCUACACUGGACCGAAUUGCGAUGUUACUAUUAACCCAUGUACAGCUGCUGGAAAUCCUUGUCAGAAUGAAGCGACAUGUGUUGCUCUCCAACAAGGCAGAUACAAAUGCGACUGCCUUCCAGGAUGGGAAGGAAUGCAUUGCGAGAACAAUAUUGACGAUUGUGCUGAGAAGCCUUGUCUGCUUGGAGCCAACUGCACUGACCUCGUGGCCGACUUCAAGUGCGCCUGUCCGGCAGGAUUCACCGGAAAGAGGUGCGAGAGCAAGGUGGACCUGUGCGCCAACAACCCCUGCACACAUGGAGUUUGUGUCGAUAAAUUCUUCUACCAUAAGUGCAUUUGUGAUCCAGGCUGGACAGGUGAGUCGUGCGAGACGAACAUGAACGAGUGCAGCAGCAACCCGUGUGAGAACGGCGGCCAGUGCGCGGACCUGGUGGACGGUUUCCAAUGCACGUGCGAGGCGGGCUACACCGGCAAGAAGUGCCAGCACCUCAUCGACAACUGCGCAUCGCUGCCCUGUCAGAACGGCGGCUCCUGUGUCGACACGCUCCAAGGUUUCACCUGCAAGUGCCGGCCUGGAUUCGUAGGACUACAAUGUGAGGCCGACAUUGAUGAAUGCCUGAGCGACCCAUGCAGCUCAGAGGGAACCGAGAAGUGCGUCAAUCAGGACAAUAAGUACGAGUGUCUCUGCAGACCAGGAUUCUCUGGAUCGUGGUGUGAGGUGAACAAGGACGAUUGUGCGUCGUCGCCGUGCCUGAACGGAGGAGAGUGUCGCGACGGCAUCGACCAGUACAGGUGCGAGUGCCCCGCCGGCUGGACCGGCCACCGUUGCGAGACUGACAUCAGCUCCUGUCAGAGCAAGCCCUGUCAGAACGACGCCAACUGCAUCAAUCUGUUCCAGGACUUCUUCUGUGUUUGCCCGUCAGGCACAGACGGCAAGCAGUGCGAGACGGCACCGGAGCGCUGCAUUGGCAGUCCAUGCAUGCACGGCGGCCGCUGCCAGGACUUCGGCUCAGGCCUCAACUGCACCUGUCCCAGCGACUACACCGGCAUCGGGUGCCAGUACGAGUUCGACGCCUGCCAGGCGAACGUCUGCCAGAACGGCGCCACCUGUAUCGACAAUGGACCCGGCUACAUCUGCGUUUGUCCGCCUGGCUACACCGGACAAAACUGUGAUGAAGAUAUAAUCGACUGUAAGGAGAACUCGUGCCCACCCACUGCCACUUGCAUUGACCUGACUGGAGGCUUCUACUGUCAGUGUCCGUUCAAUCUAACUGGAGAUGAUUGCAGAAAAACGAUUCAAGUGGAUUACGACCUGUCAUUCCCGGAACUGACCGACAGCAGUGCAGCGUUGACUGUGCCGUUCGCUCUCACCAGCAAGACUAGCAUCACAAUCGCCAUGUGGGUGCAGUUCACCAAUCGUGACGAAAAUGGCAUAUUCUUCACAUUGUACAGUGUUACAUCGGGUCAGCUGACAGCAGGCAGACGCGUGCUGGUGCAAGCGCACGCUUCAGGUGUGCACGUUUCGCUGUUCGCCGAACUGCAGGAUGUGUUCCUCGCCUUCCAGGAGUACGCGACCAUCAACGACGGCAGCUGGCAUCACAUCGCCAUUGUGUGGGACUCGCCCACAGGCACGCUCACACUCAUCACUGAGGGACUCAUUGCCAGCAAGCACGAGGGAUACGGCGCUGGUCGCGAACUGCCUCAAUACGGUUGGGUUGUGCUUGGCAAACCGAGAACUGAAGGAGUCAAAACUUACACUGAAACUGGAUUCCAGGGACAUUUGACCAAAGUACAAAUUUGGCACCGAGCCCUUGACGUCACCAAUGAAAUUCAGAAACAGGUGCGAGACUGCCGCACUGAACCAGUUCUCCACCAAGGUCUAUCUCUGACAUGGUCGGGCUAUGAUGACGUCAUUGGAGGAGUCGAGAGGAUCGUUCCAUCUCACUGCAGCCAGCACUCUUGCCCUGGCGGAUACACUGGUCCUCAAUGUGAUCAGUUGCAAGUAGACAAGAUCCCGCCAAAGGUGGAGCACUGCCCGGGUGACCUGUGGGUGAUAGCGAAGAACGGGUCGGCGGUGGUGCAGUGGGACGAGCCUCGCUUCGUGGACAACGUGGGUGUGGUGCGGGUGGAGGAGAGGAGUGGCCACCGACCGGGGCAGACCCUGCUCUGGGGCACCUACCACAUCGCCUAUGUCGCAUUCGACCAGGCCGGCAACUCUGCCACCUGCUCAUUCAAAGUCUAUCUGCUAUCUGAAUUCUGUCCGAAACUGGCGGACCCAGUGGGCGGACACCAGCAGUGCAAGGACUGGGGCUCUGGAGGUCAGUUUAAGGUGUGCGAGAUCCACUGCAACCCGGGACUCAAGUUCUCCCAGCCUGUGCCCAAGUUCUACACAUGCGGCGCUGAAGGCUUCUGGAGGCCGACUGACAACCCAAGCCUGCCUCUUGUCUUCCCAGCCUGCUCACCGGCGAAGCCAGCGCAACGAGUGUUUAAGAUCAACAUGCUGUUCCCCACAUCGGUGCUGUGCAAUGAGGCCGGUCAGGGUGUCCUCAGGCAGAAGGUGCGCACCGCCCUUAACUCACUCAACAGGGACUGGAAUUUCUGCUCUUAUUCGCUUGAAGGAACCAAAGAAUGUAGAGAUUUGAACAUCGACAUCAAGUGCGACCACCGCAACUCACGGCCGACUCGCGACGUCUCCAACGGCACUGCCUACUCCGUCGAUGUUAAUGUUCCUGUAAAUCGCGAUCCUGUAAUAAACCAGAACACAAACCAACGAGCAACAGUGCAACGGCUAUUGGAGAACUUGAUUCUGGAGGAGGACAAACUGGAUGUGAAGGAGAUCCUUCCGAACACCACUCCCGAUCCGGCCUCACUUGUGCUCACCUCCGACUACGCAUGUCCCUCAGGCCAGGUCGUCGUCGCUCCCGAUUGUGUUCCGUGCGCCGUGGGCAGUUACUACGACAAGGAGACGGCAACGUGUAGACCUUGCGCCGUGGGCACCUACCAGUCCGAAUCCGGCCAGCUGCAGUGCUCCGUCUGCCCAGCCAUUGCCGGUCGCCAGGGGGUCACCAUUGCGCCGGGCGCCCGAAGUGCAUCUCACUGCAAAGAGCGUUGCCCGGCUGGCAAGUACUACGAUGAGGACGCCGGCCUUUGCCGCAGCUGUGGUCACGGAUUCUUCCAGCCGAGUGAAGGUAGCUUCAAGUGUCUGCUCUGCGGCCUUGGCAAGACCACUCGCACCACAGAGGCUGUCUCGCAAGAGGAAUGCCGCGACGAGUGUGGCUCGGGAAUGCAGUUGGCUCUGGAGGGCGAGUGUGAGCCAUGUCCUCGUGGCACUUACCGCACUCAGGGCCUGGAGGCCGCCUGCCAGUCGUGUCCCACCGGCAGAACCACGCCCAAGCCAGGUGCCGCCACUGUCGAGGAAUGCUCGCUGCCUGUGUGUAGCCCAGGAACAUUCCUGAACGCCACUCUGAACAGUUGUGUCCAGUGUAAGAAAGGAACGUACCAACCGGCUGCUCAACAGACCAUGUGCUUGCCAUGCCCACCAAACACCAUUACUAAGAAUAUCGCUGCUACAAGCAAAUCAGAAUGUUGGAAUCCAUGUGAGAUGAACGGUCCUGAAAUGCACUGUGAUCCUAAUGCAUAUUGCUUACUGACGCCAGAAACCAGCGAUUUCAGGUGUGAGUGUAAGACUGGAUACAAUGGCACUGGAAAGGUUUGCAAAGAUGUUUGCGAAGGCUACUGUGAGAACAAUGGCAAGUGCGUGAAGGACUCGAGAGGGCAGCCAUCUUGCCGGUGCGUAGGCUCGUUCAUCGGCCCGCACUGCGAGGACAAGUCCGAGUUCGCCUACAUCGCCGGCGGCAUUGCUGCAACCGUCAUCUUCCUCAUAAUCAUUGCCCUCUUUGUCUGGAUGAUAUGCGCCAGAGCGGAAAGGAGAAAGGAGCCAAAGAAGUUGGUAGCUCAAACAAACGACCAGACCGGCUCACAGGUGAACUUCUACUACGGAGCUGCGCCUUACGCCGAGUCGAUAGCUCCGUCGCAUCACUCCACCUAUGCCCACUAUUACGACGACGAAGAGGAUGGCUGGGAAAUGCCCAAUUUCUACAAUGAAACUUACAUGAAAGAGAGCCUUCACAAUGGCAAAAUGAACAGUUUAGCUCGAUCCAAUGCUAGUAUAUAUGGAAACAAGGAGGACCUCUAUGACAGACUGAAACGACAUGCUUAUCCUGGCAAAAAAGAUAAGAGUGACAGUGAGAGCGAAGGACAAUGAUAGGAGUCUGCGCAGCGCAUAGUUACUGAAUGAACCGAUAGACCUGUACAACUUCUCAGAAAGCUGACCAAAGAUCUGAUUUGAGCAGUGACUUUGAAUCGGCAUCGAUCGAGAAGUUUAUUGUACACUUUAUUUAAAUGACUGCUCUAUAGUAACACAAAUUGUACCUCUUACAAAAUAAAACCCUGAAGCCAUUGUUAAGUAGUUAGAAGACUUACAGCCAGUACUUCUGAGCAGUUGAAAACUUACAGUUCACAAAAUUAAGAAUGAGAGUAGUUUUAGUGUGAAAGUGUUUGGUGUGAGUGAAGAAUGUGUGAUAUAUAAUUAUCUAGACGUUUUAUGAAUGAAUCUGCGUACUUGUAUAUUUACUUGAGUCUUAUAUUUUCAUUAUUUUAGUAAUCUAUUCCUAAUCUGUAAUAAUUUUAAGGAAUAAUAAUGGAUGACAUUAUGUUGGAAAAAUUCCAGUAUUGAUAGUUAUUUGAUCAUAAAUAGGUAUUGUAUUUGUGUUUAUUAGAUUGACAAUCUUGACACAAUAUUAUUGCAACUCAUUUUUUUCACUGAAAAUAAUGGAGGAUAAUCAACGACUGAAUUUACUUUUGCCAUAUCUUGAGCUGUCGGUCCCCGAUACAUUUUUAAUUUUUGGAAAGUCUGAGUUUUUAAUUUUAUGUAAAUUGAUUCAACAUGAAAAUUACAUUAAAUAGGCAUAUGUAAUGAGCAUUAUUCAAUUUUAAAUUAUUCAACAGCAAUUAUUAGAGUGAAUCCCACUUUUGUUGGCGAUGUCAAAUAGUUAACUGUUUUUCUCUCAUUAGCCUAUUCAUAAUUUGAAAGUAGGUUAUUUCUGUUUAUAGUAAGCAAUACAUUUUUUCUAAAUGAUUACCAAAUUUUCAUAAUUAUUGAGAACUUUUGAAGUUGAGUUGAGUCAAGCUGUACAAUUUGUCAAACAUCAAUAUUGAUGCCAAUUUACAUGAAGUAAAUUAUGAAGAUUUAUUGCUAUUUCAAUUAAACCACUCGUGGUAAAAUGUCAUAUUUGAGUGACUAAAGAACAAUUUUAGUAGAAACAUUUAUUUCUAAGACAUCCUGGUGCUAUUCCAAAUAUGACUCAAUUUAACAAUCAUUCAGUUUUUGAUUGUGUUCUUAUUCCAGUGUUGAAAGUUUGUUGCAAUAGAGAUAAUUAGUAAAUUGAAUUUGUCCAUAGAUUAUCGUUAUAACGAAUUAGAAUUUAAUCAGUUGCAAAUAUAAGGAGUUCUAAUUAAGUAUUAUAAAUAUCCAUUUUUCCAAUAAAGUUUGGAAUCGCUGAGUGCUCAACUUCCCAAUAAUAGUCAGUGGUGAUCGGUACCAUAAGAUAUCACUUUGUAAAUAUGAAUGAAGUGUGUCAUUUUACUUCAGUUGAAUUUUUAUUAUUCUAUUAUGAAUGAGUUGUUUGAAUGGUACAUGAAAUAUUUAUUGUAUUUUACAAAAUGUAAUUUGUAAAUGAUUUUGAUUAAAUAUAUUGAUUGUAUACUUUGAUAGCAAUGUGCUGAAUAAUACAAGUAUAAUUUUUAUUGUAAAUUUGAUAAAUAUGAUGUUCUGGAAAUAUUAUGACCAAAACUUGUAUCUGGAAAUAUUGAGAAGACUCAUACUCAAUUAGAAUUACUUUGUUGGAUAUAUUUUAGUAUGUACUGUACUGUAUUUUACGCUCCUGAAAUUUUUAAUAAUAAAUUUUUAUACGAACGUAAAA